AUGGACAUAAAUGAGGUCUUUCCUGAUAGAAAGAUUUUUAAUGUAGAGGAUGCACCAUGUUACCCUUUAUCACCCUCAGACCACUGGCAAUUUGAAAUCUCCAAUCAAGAAUUAAAGCAGCCACUUGAGAUAACAGUAAGUUCUUCAAGAAAUAAUUGGUCUAAGCAACGUAACGAUGCUUUGUGGGCUUACAGAACAGCUUUCAAAACACCUAUAGGCAUGUCUCCUUAUCUUUUGUUUUCUGAAAAAGCAUGCCAUUUACCAGUUGAGUUGGAGCACCGAGCUUACCUAGCACUCAGGAACUUAAACUUUUAUUUGAAAACAGCUAGUGAAAAGAGAUUAUUUCAGUUGAAUGAAAUUGAUGAGUUUCGAUUGGAAACCUAUAAAAGCGUAAAGUUCUACAAGGAGCGCACCAAAAGUGACAUAACAUGCACAUUCGAAAAAGAAAGUUUGAGAAUUUCUGAAUCCUUAAUAUUGAAAUCAAACCAAGUUGUAGUUUGGGAUGAGAAGGUUAGUGCUUAUUUUCAUAGAAGUUUGAUGGUUUGGAGUUCUCGGAUCCCAACAUUAGUUGAAGGAGUUUGA